AUGGAAAAGUUGGUGAGUGAAAAUUCAAAAGAUUGGCACAAGAAGUUGUAUGAAGCUCUGUGGGCAGAUAGAACAACACCAAAAAGAACUAUUGGAAUGUCACCUUUUGAGCUUGUGUAUGGAGUUGGUGCUCAACUCUCACUUCCUCUAGAGUUAGCAGCUUCCAAAUUGCAAACAGUAGUUGAAGAUGUGUAUUUUCAGGAUGCAUUGGAGAAAAGAGUUAUGUAUUUGGCUAAGAUUGAAGAAGAAAGAGAAAAGCUGGUGGAUCAUUGCGUGAUUGCCCAAGGUUUGACAGAGGAGGAAAAUCAUAAUGAGGAUUGUGAACCUACUGUAAAUGUACUUUCAUCUGAUCCAAAUUGGGGAAGGGAUGAAGAUUCAUCCGAGGGAGAAUUUUUUUGA